AUGACGACAAUAGCCAGCCUCAUCCAGCCCAUACGGCCCUCCGUCUUCAGACCUCUUUUCCAGCCCAUACAUGCCAUCCGUUGGGCAAGGUUUCAGGCCUUUGAAGAGUCUUUCGACCCGGAAGAACUAAAGCAGGCGAGAUCGUGGCACAAGACUUUUGACGGAAGCCAACUACCCCAAGGCCAAACAAGUUACGCGCGUUCAAGCGGUCCUGGAGGGCAACAUGUCAACAAAACUGAGAGCAAAGCAAUCACUGCUUGGCCCGUCAAAGACCUCCUUCCAAUGCUGCCAAAACUGCUGCAUCGGGGCAUCAGAGAGUCCAAGUACUACACGGCAAGGUCAGACUCCUUGACGUUCCAGGCUCAGGAGCAUCGUCAGAGGUCCGCCAACUCGGAUGAAAACCAGCAAAAGCUCAUCGCCGAGGUGCAAAGGAUAUACCGCGAAACAGUGCCGGGAGAGACGAGCAAUGAAAAGAAGAAGAAACACGCAGAAAUUGCCAAAUCUUUCAACGAAGGACGGCUGAAGCAAAAGAAGCACCUGAGCUCCAAGAAGCAGAACCGUCGGGCGUCCUUCGAUUAA